AUGGUGACGCAUUGGGGGACCUGCUGCUGCUGUGAAAAAGUCCUUCUUUCGCUCGUUUAGUUUGGACCUGAUUAUGAAUCAGUUUUUCCACUUUUUUCUCCACAACCUGACAAAGUGAAGAAGAUAUGUCCGCUCAAGGACUGUUAAGCACUGUUUUUUCAUGCUCGCUAAGCCCCAAAAGUAUUACCAAGCGGAGACUGAGGCAGACCAGGAGCUUGGACUCGGCGUUGAUGCGACAUUGCGGUACCGAAACUGAGGAGACGUCGACUAAGGGUGACUUCACUUGGAACAGCUUGUCAGGAGGCACUGUUGGCCUCAAGCCCGUCCCCCUGCAAAGCCUCUCAGAAUUGGAGAGGGUUCGUCUCCAGGAUGUGGCCUUCAAGCGAUUGCUUCGGUGUCAUGACCUGGGCUGCCACAUCACCAUCCCUAAAUAUGGCCACAAGCACAAGAAGACACUCAGGAGGAAGCUGGAUUCAUUAUCUAAAGAGAAGAGUAAAGACAAAGACACCACGCCACAGGCGUUUGGCAUACCACUGUCGCAUGUCAUAACCAACGACCGCAUGCACAAGCUGCGGCACGAUCACCCACGGGAAGAGCACAGUGACCCCACUGAAUUGAUGCUAUCCUUCCUUCAUCUUACAUCUAGCUACAAAAGGGCUAACAAAGAGCUCUCCAGCAGCAACUCGUCACUGAGCUCCACUUCUGAGACCCUUAAUGAAUCACCACUGCCCAGCACACCAGACAUAGCCCCACGGACACGCAGACGGGGCGGAGUGUCUGUGGAUUGCAUCACUGACCUUGAUGACAACCAGUCUCGGCUCUUGGAGGCACUCCAGCUGUCUCUGCCAGAAGAGGCAGCUGGCAACACGAAGAAGCACCAUGACGAAAAGCUCAGCCUUAACCCUAUUUACAGACAGGUGCCCAAGAUAGUGGACCAGUGCUGCCAGCACCUGGAAAAAUACGCCCUACAGACAAUUGGAAUUUUUCGUGUUGGGAGUUCCAAGAAGCGAGUACGACAACUUCGUGAGGAAUUCGACCAGGGAUGGGAGGUUUACAUGGAUGAAGAGCACAGCGUCCAUGAUGUAGCUGCAUUGUUUAAAGAAUUCUUAAGAGACAUGCCUGAGUCACUGCUGACAAAAGAACUUUAUACAGCCUUCAUCAAUACAAUGUUGCUGAAUUUUUCAGAGCAAGACAGUGCCAUCCAGCUCCUGGUGUUUAUGCUUCCUCCCUGUAACAGCGACACACUACAGUGCCUCCUCGGCUUGUUGUCCACUGUGUCUGCACAUGCUGAAGACAGCCUGGACAGUGAGGGACAGAAGGUUACAGGCAACAAGAUGACAUCGCUUAAUUUAGCUACCGUCUUUGGACCCAACCUCUUACACAAGCAAAAAAACUCAGACAAAGAAUUUGCAGUAGAGAGUUUUGCCCGUGCAGAGGAGAGUGCAGCCAUCAUCGGCGUUGUCCAAAAGAUGAUCGAUACAUAUGAUACGCUGUUUAUGGUGCCCCCUGACCUGCAGAAUGAGUUGUUGAUGAGUUUGCAGGAAACAGAUCCUGAUGUGGUGGAUUAUUUACUGCGGAGAAAGGCCUCACAAUGCUCAGAGCCCAGCCUUACGUCAGAAGAGUCGUUCUCUCUGACUGACAGACGCUUGUCCAGUGACUCACACAAGCCAUCUAGUGGAGAGGUUUCCCCCUAUGACAAUAACUCCCCCGUCCUGUCCGAUCGACCACGGUUUAAAUACACAGAUGACGGCAGUCUGCUCUCAGACAGAGUUCCCAGACAGGACAAACUCAGAGACCAAUCGAAAGACAACUCUGGCAGUACCUCCCCUACACUUUCUACUGACAAAGAAACCUCAGCUGACAGUUUCUGGGACACCUGGCAUGAGCUGUUCGGAAAGGAUUUCACUGGCAUCGCUGGAUACCUUGGAGACGUGUCGGAAUGUGACUCAUACGGCUCAUCCGAGGGGCUGAGCAGUCACCAAGGUAACAACAAGCUGCCUGUCAGUGCAACACAAAUGUCAUUGGGCGUUUCGGAAUGCAGGCCACACCCUCCGGUGACUCGCUGCAGCAGUGGUCCUGAUGACCAACAAGAGCAGAGACACCCAGAAUUGUUAUUAUUACAUCAGGCAAUGAGCAGCCAAUCAGGAGCUGUUAGCUCAGACAACUUAGCACAAAGGACAGGAUGCACUGAAUGUCCAUUACUCCAGGUCAGGACUGACAGUUUAUCUUCCCUUAACUGCUCUCGACCUCUAAGAGAGACUCAUAUUUCUCACUCCACACCCUCCCUCUUAAAAUCUCAGCAUGACCCCCAAAUCCCACAACAGUCCCAGCAGAGCGCUGACUUCAAGAUUGUAGAUACAGCAGAUGCCACUGGGCCUGGAGAGGAAAAAGGCCCUGAUUCUUCAAAUUGGCAGAAAGAGAGGUGGCAUAUAUGGAAGAUGAUGUCAAAAGAAAAUCCAGAAGCUCUACCAGAAACGUUGGUGUGACCCACUCUUAACUGAUAAGCAGACUGUGGAUCAAUGUUUUUUUUUUUUAAAACAUGUGCACGUCUCCUGUCACAUCAUCAGGUCAUCAUUGUGUGCAGUUAACAUUAUCAGUUGAUUUUAGUGUUUUAUACUGAAUAUAAAAUGCUAAAUGAUAUAUACUUGUUAUUGUUAUUUUGCACUAACUAUAUAGUUUAAGCAUGAUUGUGUAUGUUUUUGUAUUUUUUUAAACAACCAUGAAAAACUUGUAUGUAGACAUGAAUGUAAUAAUUGGACUUGAAUAUUGUUUUAUAUUAAUGCUGAAUGUAAAUAUAAAAAAAUGUUUUUUUUUAAUAUUUCAUUAAAUUUAUAGCAACCUAAUCUUGACACAUCUGUAAAUGCUGCAAUAAUAUGUGUGUGUCUUGUUUUUUUGUAUUUUUUCUUUCAAGAAAAUGCUUGCAUUUUAACAGAAGUUCGUCAGCUUACCAACACUCCUAAUUUUUGUGUUUGCUACAAAAGAAAUUAUUGUUAAGCAGCAUGAUUUGCAGAUAUGAAUAUAUUUAAUAUAAGUUUACAGUCAUUUGUAAUUUAAUGAAAAACAACUUUCUCCAAGUGUCUCCUAAUAAACAGACUAAGA